ACCUAAUUUCCGUUCUUUUCCCUCUCUUCGGCUCGGUUCCUCCUGCACGCGGCUGGAUCCGAGCACAGGAAGGCUCGGAGGGUAGGAGGCGGAGAGAAUGGCGGAGGAGGUUGCGUCCGCGGGUGGGAUCGCCAUGGCCGCGUCGACCUCCCUCACGCCGGGCCAGGUUUCUGCUCUUCUGGGAUUUCUUUGGGUUUUUGCGGCCUGGGCAUAUGCUGAGGUGCUCUAUUAUAGGAAGAAUGCUGCUUCUAUUAAAGCUAGACACUCGGACGUAAAUUUAGCAGUCAUGGAUACUAGCUCAAACAAAGGAGAGGAUCAAACGAUGUUGUUGGAGGAGGGUGUCCAAGCACCAGUGCCAAAGCCAAUUUAUGCUUCUUUCACAUCACAAAUGCUCAGACUUUUCUUGAUGGACCAGGCACUUAUUCUAGAGAAACGUUUGACGCUGAGAGCACUAUCUGAGUUUGGUGGUCAUCUGCUUUACUUUUACAUAUGUGACCGCACAAAUCUACUGGGAGAGUCUGGAAAGGAUUACAACAGAGAUAUGUUCCUUUUCCUUUACUUUCUUCUUAUUAUCGUAGCGGCUAUGACUUCUUUCAAGGUCCACCAAGACAAGUCAACAUUCACAGGAAAGUCUAUAUUGUAUCUGAAUAGGCAUCAAACUGAGGAAUGGAAGGGAUGGAUGCAGGUGCUGUUUUUGAUGUACCACUACUUCAAUGCUAAAGAGAUAUACAAUGCAAUUCGCGUAUUCAUCGCUGCAUAUGUCUGGAUGACUGGAUUUGGUAACUUUUCCUAUUAUUAUGUGCGGAAAGAUUUCAGCCUUGCACGAUUUGCUCAGAUGAUGUGGCGCCUCAAUUUUUUCGUGGCUUUCUGUUGCAUUGUGCUUAACAAUGACUACACCCUCUAUUAUAUUUGCCCUAUGCACACCCUUUUUACUCUUAUGGUUUAUGGUGCUCUUGGAAUACUAAAUAAAUAUAAUGAGAUUGGGUCGGUGAUGGCUAUAAAGUUUGUUGCCUGCUUCUUGGUGGUUAUCCUGAUAUGGGAAAUCCCAGGUGUCUUUGAGAUUGUUUGGAGUCCAUUCACGUUUCUUCUUGGUUAUACUGAUCCAUCUAAACCUGAUCUCCCUCGUUUGCAUGAGUGGUAUUUUCGAUCUGGACUGGAUCGCUACAUAUGGAUUGUGGGGAUGAUUUAUGCUUAUUACCAUCCAACUGUUGAGAAGUGGAUGGAAAAGCUAGAAGAAGCUGAAACAAAAACCAAACUCUAUAUUAAGGCCUUGAUAGUUACAAUUUCUUUAACGGGUGGUUAUUUGUGGUAUGAAUACAUCUACAAGCUGGACAAGAUUACUUACAAUAAAUUCCAUCCCUAUACAUCCUGGAUCCCCAUAACUGUCUACAUCUGCUUACGCAACUUCACUCAAGAAUUCCGGUGCUGCUCGCUCACAUUAUUUGCCUGGCUCGGAAAGAUUACAUUAGAAACAUACAUAUCACAGUUCCAUAUCUGGCUCAGAUCGAGAGUGCCCAACGGGCAGCCCAAAUGGCUAUUGACAAUAAUCCCAAAUUAUCCUAUGCUCAAUUUCAUGCUCACAACUGCCAUAUAUGUUGCGGUCUCUCAUAGGCUAUUUGAGUUGACUAACACUCUGAAGAUGGCAUUUGUGCCUAGUCGUGACAACAAACGCCUCUCGUACAAUUUUGUGGCCGGAAUUGCAAUUUCAGUCGCACUAUACUCUGCGUCAUUUCUUAUAGUUGGCAUGGCAGGAUAUUAGCGAUUCUUAUCGUUGGCGUUAUACACCAGAAAGGCUAAUUUGAUGAUCGCCACGGCCCAGAUAUUUCCAUGACUUCCAUUUGUUUCACCCUGAGUUUAUCUUUUUAUUGCGUUACAUGGUGAAAAGGGAGUCGGGAUGCGGAACAAAAAAAAAAUCAUCUUAGGUGUAACAUAUAGCAUUGAACCCCCAAACGGGAAUACGAUGAAGUAGAUAUAUGCAUGUAUAGCCGUUGAAAUUUGAUAUGCAUAUGUAAGCGAGCACGUUAGCUAUAGAAAUCAGAUUUCGUAAAUUGCUGGAACAUUGAGAUUGAGAUUCGAAAUGGGAUAGUGGAAUCAUGUUGUAAGAAUUUAAUUCUUUUGACCCUUCUCGAGAUCGCAUUUAUUCGUAGCUUGGUGGAACUGGGUAAAAUAUUUUGUUCACCUAUUUUGCUCAGAUUGUUAUUUUGAAUUGGUUCAUCUGCA